CGGGUUAUAUACUGGGAGGGGAAGCAUGAACCACACUCAGCUCUCUUGCCAGCACAUAGCUGUGCUCACUCGGCGUUCGUGGCUGCAGGACACUCGGGCCCAAUGGAGCAGGGAGACUGGCAGUGGUGGCUGCUGUUGCUGGUGGGCAUCCAGCUGGCCAGUGCCCAGUGCCCAGAGCAGUGCCAGUGUGUCCGCAGUGCCCAGGUGGAAUGCUCUGGUGCCGACAUCACCACGGUCCCCAGCCCCAUCCCUGAGAAUGCCAUGACCCUUCAGAUCAUUAACACGCGCAUCACUGAGCUGGGUGACGCGUCCUUUGGCAACGCCUCCCUGCUCAUUGGGCUGCGCAUCGAGAAGAACAACCUGUCCCGCAUAAGCCCCGGGGCCUUCCAGCACCUGCCUGACCUGCGCUAUCUCAGCCUGGCCAGCAACAAGCUGCAGGAGCUCCCUGUGCAGGUCUUUGAGCCUCUGGACAAGCUGGAAUCUCUACUCCUCUCCAGUAACCAGAUCCUCCAGAUUGAGCCUUCCCACUUCACCUACCUAAGCAACCUCAAGGAGUUGCAGCUACACGGGAACAACCUGCAGGAGCUGCAGGAGGGGGUGUUCGACCAGCUCACCAGCCUCAUCAAGCUCAACCUGGCGAGGAACAACAUUGACCACCUGCCACCCCGGGCCUUCGAGCGGCUGGCACGGCUGCAGGUGCUGCGGCUCUAUGAGAACCGGCUCCGGCAGAUCCCAAAGGGAACCUUUGAUGGGCUGCCAGAGCUACAGGAGCUGGGGCUGCACCAGAACCAGCUGGAGACACUGUCCCCGGAGCUCUUCAUGCACAACAGCAACCUGCAGAAGCUCUACCUGUCCAAUAACCUUCUCACCACUCUGCCGAGUGGCAUCUUCCUGCCCCUGCACUCUCUUGCCAAGAUCACCCUGCACGUCAACCGCCUGCGGGACAUCUCCCCCAGUGCCUUUGGGCCCAUGCCCAACCUGCGGGAGCUGUGGCUCUACGAGAAUGAGCUUUCCAGCCUCCCCACUGCCGUCUUCAGCAAUCUCACCCAGCUGCAGCUCCUGGUUCUCAGCAAGAACCGGCUGCGGUCGGUGGCACCGGGGGCUUUCCAGGGCUUGGGGGAGCUGCUGGAGCUGUCGCUGCACUCCAAUGCCCUGCGCCGCCUGGAUGCCCGGGUGCUGGAGGGGCUGCCCAAGCUGCAGAACAUCUCCCUGCACCACAACCAGCUGCAGGCACUGCCGCGGGGCCUCUUCAGGGCCACCCCUGGGCUGCAACACCUGCAGCUGCAUUUCAAUGGCCUGGAAUACUUACCUGCUGGCAUCUUUUCCCCCCUGACUACCCUUCGAGAGGUGAGGCUGCACAACAACUCCUGGUGCUGUGACAAGGGCAUCCUGCCCCUGCAGGGCUGGCUGGUGGACAACCCCCACAAGGUGGGUGAGACACCCCCGCUGUGUGCCCAGCCUCCUGCCCUGCUGGGCACCCCCAUCGCUGAGCUGCCACGGUACCAGUUCCUCGCUACCCCCACUGCCUCCCCUCAUCCCAGCACCCAGCUUCCUGCUCACAGCUCUGAGGCAGCUUCGCUGGAGGGCGCCUGGACGGAGCCCCCCGUGGGGCUGCCGAUCUCCCCACGGGAGGAGGAGAAGAAGGAGGAGGAGGAGAGAGGGCAGUUCGGGCUGACACGCAUACAGAGCGGGGUAGUGGUGGCAGUCAUUGUGCUGGUGUGUGUGGCCCUGCUUGCUGCUCUGGUGGCAUUGGUGGUCUACGGCUGCAGGAAGAAGAGCCACGUCGUGCUUAUGAGGAUGAAGGCGCCGAAUGAAGCCUCAGUGAGGGGCAGCUCCGCCCCAGCAGGAACAGCUUGUCAGCUGGCUUCCCAUCCGCCCCAGAAAACACUGUUCCAUCUCAGCCAGCGGCAUCCCUGCAAACCUGCCACAGGUUUGGUGACCAUCUCCACGAUGCCACAUUCGUGCAGGCUGGUGAUCUGCGUGCUGCUGGAGCUGGGGUCCCUGCUGGUGAGGGGGCUGUCCCCAUCCUGUCCCCAUACCUGCCAGUGCUACGACACCUCCAAAGUCUUCUGCUCAGACGAGAGGAUGCGGGAGAUCCCGGCGGGCCUGCCAGGCAGUGCCACACAGCUCUUUUUUGUGGAGACAGCCCUGAGCAGUGUCCGCAGGGGGGCCCUGGGCACCAGUACCACCCUCACCAAGCUGGUCUUCCUCAACAACAACAUCCAGGAGCUGGAAGCUGGUGCCUUUCAGGGGCUGCCCAGCCUCACGGAGCUGGAGGUGUCAGGAAACCCCUUGCCAGCAGUCAGUCUUGGGGUGCUGAUGGGGUUGACCAGCCUCAGCAAGCUCUCCCUGGGUGCCAAUGCCAUCAGCUCCUUGCAGCCAGGGCUCUUCACCGCUGCAUGCCACCUGCAGGACCUGCGCUUGCUGGGGAACAGGAUUGUGGCAUUGCCCCCUGGUAUCUUCCACCCACUCCGGCGGCUCCAGGCCCUGGAUCUCUCGCAGAAUGUCCUGGUUGAGCUGCCAGAGGGGCUGCUGGCCCCACUCAUCACCCUCCGCCUCCUCAAACUCAGUGACAACCUCCUGGUGAGGGUGUCCCCCAGUGCUUUCAGGGCACUUGGCCAGCUGACUGAGCUCCACCUGGAUGGUAAUCGGCUGGAGGAGCUGCCACCUGGCAUCUUCACCGGGCUUGGGAGGCUGCAGCGGCUGCAUCUGCAGCACAAUGCCCUGGGCAGCCUGGCCCCCGACAUCUUCACUGGUCUCCUCAACCUCACUGUCCUCAGCCUGGAGGGCAAUCGCUUGGCCACCCUGCCUGCCACCCUCUUCACUGGCACACCUGGCCUCCUCCACCUCUCGCUGGCUCGCAAUCAGCUGAAGACGCUUCCCCAGGAGCUCUUCUCCAACCUGUCGGUGCUGCAGACCCUGGUGCUCUCACACAAUGCCAUGGGCCACCUGCCCACUGAGGUUUUCCAGGGACUGGCAGCACUGACAGCACUACAGCUGAGCCACAACAACUUCUCCAGCCUGCCAGCAGGGCUCCUGGCUGGGCUGCCCCUCCUCACUGCCCUGGCACUGGACCACAAUCGCCUGGUCCACCUGCCCCUGGGGCUCUUCGAUGCCAAUGAUGAGCUGGUGCGUGUGGGGCUGUCUGACAAUCCCUGGAACUGUGACUGCCGCCUUGCCUAUCUCCUGCGCUGGCUCCAGGGCUUUGCUGAGCCCCUCAUCCAUGGGCAAGCCUUCUGUGCCAGUCCAACUGCUCUCCAGGGACAGUCCCUGCUGGAGGUCCCCCGGGGGCAGCUGGAGUGCCUGGGAGGACCUGGUGGCCCUGCAAAGAAAGGCUGGGACAGGGAUACUCCAGGACAGUGCACCUACAGCAACCCCGAGGGCACUGUAAGCAUGGUUUGUGAUGCCACAAGCUGCCAGCAGCUCACCCUUCGCCUCCCUCCUCCUCCUCCCGAGCAAGUGCAGGGGUUGAGGCCGGCGUACCAGGGUGCCUGGGUGCUGCACUCCCACUGUGGCACACUGCAGGUCAGUGUCCUUGUCACGGCACAGAAUGGGAAUGAAGCCACAUCGCCAGGUCUCCCUGCCACGCCCUAGAGCUUGGGUAGGUGCCAGCUUCUGCACUGGAAACCUCUGAGCCAGCCUGGGAAACAGCACCCACUCUUGCUCUGCUACCGCUGCCUUGGUCACCAGCCAUCACUGAGCUCUCCACAGCAGCUGGCCUGGUGGUACUUAUUCUCCAAGCUAUGUGUUUCCUGUAUAUUUCAAAUAUAAUUAAAAUUUAUAUAUCAUUUCUGUGCAACCAGUUCCUGUGGCAGAGAGAGGAAUGGUUCUGUUCCCCCACAUCUGCCUGUGCAUCUGGGAGAGGUGGUGAAGGUCGAUGUGAUCUUUUGGG